GCUCAGCAGCGCUUCUGUCUGUCUCUGUCCCUGCUCAGAUUUCCACAGCUGUGAGCAGCACCUCUGCUACCCUACUCCACGCGGAUCUACUGGGGUGUGUGUGUCUUAGAGUGUAUUCCUGUGUGUGUGGGUGUGUGUGUGUUAGAGUUGCUUGCAAGUCUCCAGCAUACAUUGUGUGUUUUUCCGCUGCUCCAGUGAUGGUUCUUCCACCUAAGGGUGAAGGCUCUGCUACGGACUCUAUCUAAAACACAUGAGCCCUGGCAUAGCCAGCCCUGGCAUAGCAUCCCAGUAAGAUGGGAAAUGCCUCUGAAACAUCUUUGUUCGCUGACACAUCUUCGUUCCUUUCUACCAUCUCUAAAGAACAUGACAUCCUCAUGGGGACCGUCUAUGCCAUAUUUGGUGUUUUCUCACUGGUGGGGAAUGGGAUAUUGCUGUUUGUGGCCUACCGGAAGAAGUCCUCCCUGAAGCCGACUGAGUUCUUUGUUAUAAACCUCUCCGUCAGCGACCUUGGAAUGACCAUCUCUCUCUUCCCCAUGGCCAUCUCAUCAGCCUUCGCACACAAGUGGCUAUUCAGUGAUGUUACAUGUAUGAGCUAUGCCUUCUGUGGGGUUUUGUUUGGACUAGCCAGUCUCACCAACCUCACAGUGUUGUCAUCUGUGUGCUGGCUUAAGGUCUGCUGUCCCAACUAUGCAUCAGGUAACAAGUUCUCAUCCUGCCAUGCCUAUCUCCUAAUAGCAGCGGUGUGGUGCUAUGCUCUUAUCUUUGCCAUCGGGCCUCUGACUGGCUGGGGCCGGUAUGGUUCUGAACCCUACGGUACAGCCUGCUGUAUCGACUGGUACGCCCCCGGCCAAAGCAGAGCUGCCAUGAGCUACAUCCUCUGCCUCUUCCUCUUCUGCUACAUCGUCCCCUGCAUCAUCAUCUUCCUCUCCUAUAUCUUCAUCCUGCUGACUGUCAAGGGGUCACACCAGGCGGUGCAGCAGCACAUAUCCCCACAGAACAAGAUCCCCAACACACAUACACUCAUCGUCAAGCUCUCGGUGGCGGUGUGCAUCGGUGUCGUGAUCGCCUGGAGCCCAUACGCCUUCGUCUCCAUGUGGGCGGCGUUCAUUAACUCAGCAGAGGUCCCUCCCUUUGCUUUCGCUGUGGCUGCCAUCUUUGCCAAGUCCUCCACCCUCUACAAUCCUAUCGUCUACCUGGUCUUCAAACCCAACUUCCGCAGGUCCCUCUGCCGGGACUGGCUGACAUGCCGACGGACCCUAUGUGCGUGUUUGUGCUCGCACGGCUCGGCCCAGAAGGUGUCCUGUACACAGUCCCAGCAGCAUGGGAAGGAGGAGUGUAACUCAACGCGGCGCUCCAAUGGAUUGCCGGAGAACCAUAGGGGGGCAUGCAGGCACUGCCCAUGCCCAGAGAGAGACACUGGUUCUGGCGGAUACGGCCAAGAGACUACCCCUCAGAGGACUGCAAGGAUACUGCAGGGGUCCACACAUAGCGAAGUGGCUGUUAGUCAGCUGUCCAAUGAGAUGCAGAGUGACUUCCUCUGAAAAGAUAAAGGAGAGAGAGUAAGCAAAAGAGAGAGGGAAGGGAGGGAGGAUGAGGGGAGAGAAAAGGGGAGAGGGAGAAGGGAGAAAGUUAGAGGGAGGGAAAUGUGGGAGAGGAAGGCAGUGACCGAGAGGAGGAGAGAGAGAGAGAGAGAUGAGAAAAGACAAACAGUGAAUUGUUUUCACAUACAAAAUAAAAAACAUGGAGAGGGGAAGAUCAGAGGGAAAAUACUUUCAAACAGGAAAAAAGUUAUUGUUGAGGAAGGGCAGGUGUGAACUGCACUAACAAUCACAACAAGGCCAUCCUAACUCCUCUCACUCAGAGGAGUGGCCAAACCAAUCACCUCGGAAACUGUUACUGCCACAAUACUAACUCAGCCACAAACUGAACUAAACCAGGGGUGUAUUCAUUAUGCAGAUGCUGUUGGAAAAUGUUUCUUCUGUUGCGAAAUGUUUAGCAACAGAAACUGUUUAUUCCAAAAAGAAAACUUUUGCAACGAAAAUGAUAAUUUUUAUCGGACAAACUCAGCUAGGUCCCUCCCUGUUUCAUUCCGUUUGCUCUGUUUGCUUCCAUUUGGUUCUUAACCUUGUAAGACGUAAUGAAUACAACCCUGACAACCAACAUACGACCACAAACUGAAGAGUCAGCAACAUACCAAAAACUCAACCAAAAUACCACCACAGACUGAGCAGCCAAUAACAACCAGGAACUCAACCAACAAACACAGCCAAGCCAGACUGAAAAACAGACUUAACCAACAAGCCCCUGAUCUCUCUGGUUGCAGCUGGUUUGAUUCAAAAGGACUUGAAAGUCAUGAACCCACAGUCUUGAUGCAGUAGUUAGAGAUAUCGGACACAGGACCAACAAGAGGGUCCAUAAUGAGAACGACACUGGUGUUUAGGGAAAUACUACCAGAUUGAGUAUCAGAUUCUACAUAUGUCCCACAGGGCCUACCAAAGAAGAGAGAGAGAUGUGGAUGAGGAUACUAUGGUGUAUAUACAGUAUUAAAACCCACAUAACUGAGAGAGUUGUCUACAUGGGGGCUUGGAGUGUGUGUACCGAAUGAAGACGUCACUUAACUGAAGGCAGAACAUGAGAAAAUGAACACUUUAGUUGCUGCAUUGAUGACAUUACAGUGGUGUGAGUCAGUCAGACUUGGCCAAGCAGCCAUGUCCAGAAUUAUUCAGUGAACAGUUAGGACUGUGCCAAAUGAGCUACAAUUACGCACCGUGGUUGGGAUCAAUUUUAACUCAGUCAAUCCAGGAAGUGAAUGGGACAUUCCCAAUUCUGCACACAUUCUUAAUUAAUAAAGUCCAACUGAAAUGUGCUCUCAAAUCUCAGACAUUCUCUCUGUUUUUACCCAAGACAUGAAACCAAUGCAACAAUAGCUACAAGACUAAUACAAAAUCUAUAAAAAUCUACUUAAAAGAUCCCGUUUUGCAAUUUAGCUUCAGAAAACAAACAGAUGAAAUAUUGAGCUACCGUGAGUUGUGUUGAUAUCUACUUUCUCCUUCCAGUGUUUCCCCAGGAGUGUAGAUAGAUGGUUAUUGUAAACAAAUUGGAGAAGGGUGCAGUGGAGGUGCUGAACUGCAGAGCUGAGCUGGUUCUGCUUGGUUAAACAAAUUGGCCUGCCAUCACCGUACAAUCAAUAUAGAGCCAUUAUAGAGUUCUCACUGGGUCCAGAGAGGGAGCUCAAAUCUGGGAUCACAGAACAGCUAAAGCCCCAGGACUUGACCCAAACAGUGAGAGUGUUGAGAGUGUUAUUGUUGACAUAGUUUUGGCAUUUGUGUGUUCUCAUUUACAUGAAUGUGUGUGUGUGCUUAUGUACCUGUUGUUGAUUGAGGCAAUUUGCAUAUGCGUGUUUCUGUGUGUGAGAAUAGCUACUGUAUGUCUGCUUCAGUUUGCAAGUCUAUGUGGGCAUAUGUUAGUGCAGUAACUCACUGAGGAAAGUCCUAACAUUUUUCUCUACAUUGAGUGAGUCACAAAAUCAAAUCAAAUGUUAUUGUUAUUUGUCACAUUCGCCGAAUACUUACGAAUACGACCUUAAAUGCUUACUUACAAGCCCUUAACCAACAAUGCAGCUUUAAGAAAACUAAGUUAAGAAUAAUAUUUACUAAAUAAACUAAAGUAAAAAAUAAAAGAGCAACAAUAAAAUAACAAUAACGAGGCUAUAUACAGGGAGUACUGGUACCGAGUCAAUGUGCAGGGGUACAGGUUAGUUGAGGUAACUGAGGUAAUAUGUAUAUGUACAUAGGUAGGGGUAAAGUGGCCAUACAUAGAUAAUAGAUAUUAAAACAUGAGUAGCAGCUGUGUAAAAAAAAGGGGGGAGGGUCAAUGCAAAUAGUGCAGGUAGCCAUUUGAUUAGCUGUUCAGCAGUCUCGGGUAGGUGUUGUAGUAAAAUAUGACAUGAACAAGCUUUUCUUCAAUCCACUGAAGACCUAUCUCCUCUUGUUCCUCUCCUCCUUAGCGUGAAAAACAUAGAGUUGCUAUUUCAUAAAGGGACUUCUCGAGAGACAAAAGGUAUGCUUUAAGACCUGAAGACAGAGCACAGAGCACAGAGCACAGAGCACAGUCUGACUAGAACUUUCUAUUCACUCCUCUAGGACACUGGGUCAUCAAACUCUUCUAAACACCGUGCCGCUGUGUUAACCAGUAAUCUGGUCCGCUAAAGAUCGUGUCUCCAGCCUGACUAUCUCUGAUACAUGAACUCUUUCAUGUUACAACAAUAAUAGUUUAUAUCUAUUGUUCACAAAAUACCACAGUGUCAGCACAAACACCCGUAACCAGUCUUGUGGUUCAGCACCUUCAGAACUUUGUUAUUAUUGAAUAAUGCAGCAAUAUCUCACUGCUAUAAAUUCUAAUCUGCUCUGUGGGUAACUUGGCCAAUCUCUGACUUUAUAGCAUGUAUCUCCGCCCUGCCCCCUGACCUCCAGAGAAAGAUAUCAUCUCCGUUUCUCCAUCCAUCCCCCUCCAGCUCUCUCUCUCUCUCCAUCCAUCCCCCUCCAGCUCUCUCUCUCUCCAUCCAUCCCCCUCCAGCUCUCUCUCUCUCCAUCC